AUGAUGAGGAUAAUCUGCUCCGGGAUGAUGAUUUCCACUCCUAGGACGAUCUCCAAGCUUGAUUUGAUGAAACCCAGCUCCAAGAUGGCUUAUAGGGGUGCACGGCCGUGCAUAUCACCAUUCUGGCCGUGCAACUCAAAACGCAGCGUGGCAUUUAGUCGAACUUCAGCCCUCUCGCACGGCCAGGGUGCACGGCCGUGCGAGCUUCAGGGGUUGCCCGUGCGUGUCCUCGGCAUAAGGCGCACGGCCAUAUUGCUCACGUGCACGGCCGUGCAGCCUCCCUGGUCUGCCCGUGCAGCUCCCCAAAAACCUCGCUAUUCGUCCGUUCUUCGUCCAAUCGACCCCAGACUCGCUCCUAAGCCUUCAUUCACGUACUAG